AGACAUUUGUCAAUAAAGAAGAGAUAAGUGGAAGAAGUUCUGCAACAAACUUUGUUAUGCAAAGCAGCCUGAAUGCGCUUUACCGAUGCUCUCUGAUGGAGGACUACAGCCCGCUGGCUGCGCAUCAACAUGCAGUUUGUGACCAUCUGUGGGAAAUAUAGGUUUGUUCCUGCUCCCCUCUGAACAUAACGCAGACAUGCUUCAGUGUUAACACAGUUUGCAUCAAGUGGAUUUUAAACUACUUCGGUGCAGAGAGAAAUCACCCUCUCUGAAGGAUUUUCCUAUGCCGACGACAUUCCCAUACGGACUUCACGGAGACUCACGACAGAUCAUGUUCGACUAUAUGGAGUUUCAAGUUUUCGGACCCGGGGAAAUCGUGGACUUCUACAGCACUUCCAGUCCUUCUUGCAUGUUGCAGGAGCAAGACCAGGAUUUGGCAGCGUUCUUCCCCGAGCUGAUCGAGUCCGACUGGCAGGAGCACCGGUACUCGCAAUCGGUGGAAAGUCAGAGUUCCAGCUCCAGCUUCAGCUCGGACGACCUGUUUACCCGUCCUGCCUCACCACCUCCACCUCCACGCACUUACAAACCCUGCUUUGUGUGUCAGGACAAGUCCUCGGGCUACCACUAUGGAGUCAGCGCCUGCGAGGGCUGCAAGGGCUUCUUCCGCCGCAGCGUGCAGAAAAACAUGGUGUAUACCUGUCACCGCGACAGGAACUGUAUCAUUAACAAGAUCACCAGGAAUCGCUGUCAGUACUGUCGGCUGCAGAGGUGUUUUGCUGUAGGAAUGUCUAAGGAGUCGGUGAGAAACGACAGAAACAAGAGGAAAGGGAAGAAGGAAGCAGUGAAGAUGACCAUCAUGGAGACGUAUGAGCUGACAGCAGAGCUCGGCCUGAUCGUGGAGAAAAUAUGCAGAGCUCAUAGAGAGACCUUCCCCUCCCUUUGCCAGCUGGGAAAAUACACCACAAACUCCAGUUCAGACCACCGGAUCCAGUUGGAUCUUGGCCUGUGGGACAAGUUCAGCGAGCUGGCCACCAAGUGCAUCAUCAAGACGGUCGAGUUUGCCAAGCAAGUGCCGGGUUUCACUGGCCUGACCAUUGCGGACCAGAUCACUCUGCUCAAAGCUGCCUGCCUUGACAUCUUGAUCUUGAGGAUUUGCACUCGCUACACUCCUGACCAGGACACCAUGACCUUCUCCGAUGGCUUGACACUGACUCGUACUCAGAUCCACAAUGCAGGAUUUGGGCCGCUGACGGAUCAGGUUUUCACUUUUGCUGGGCAGCUGCUGCCGCUAGAGAUGGAUGACACGGAAAGUGGGCUCCUCAGUGCCAUCUGUCUUGUUUCUGGAGACCGGGAGGACCUGGAGGAGCCGUCCAAGGUAGAAGUCCUGCAGGAGCCUCUGUUGGAGGCGCUGAAGAUCUACUCCCGUAAGCGGCGACCCAGCAUGCCCCUGAUGUUCCCCAAGGCCCUCAUGAAGAUUACCGACCUACGUAGCAUCAGCGCUAAAGGAGCUGAGCGAGUGGUGACACUGAAGAUGGAGAUCCCGGGCUCCAUGCCUCCACUGAUCGAGGAGAUGCUGGAGGAUCUGCAGAACCUGGAGAAACACCAGAAGUCGGGCACCACUCAGCACACUCACCCCGUCUCCUCACAGCACAUGAACUCUGCUGAUUUUCCACUCUGAAGCUGCUCAAAGAACUUUUCUUUCCUCCGAGGGAAAUCGCUCAAAGGUGCAGCUGCAGAUCAGAGAGUGACUUACCUCAGUUAUUGUCCAGAGGUCUGAGCUCGAUCUGCAGAUAUGACUCCAUGUUUAAAGAAGAGAUUUAAAUCACACAUUAACAAGUAUUUCUGUAAACAAAAAUCCUACUUCAAAGGAAGAUGCAGUAAUGCUUUAAUCUCCAUUUUUAUAACCUCUGAGAAUCACUCUCAGUCUUUUCUUUACUGUUUCUGGUUUUUACUGUAUUUAUAUUUGCAUGAAAUAUCACAUGGAUUAAUUUUACCUCAUUUAGCAUUAGUUAUAGCAAGAUAGCAAAUAUAAGGAAUCAAUCUUUAGGUUUUAUAUACAAAUUUCUCAAACUCUGUUUGUACAAAAUUAAAGGGAAAUGCAAUGUUUUUUCCUCCAUAAGGGUAAGUGUUCAUAAUCGGAGUUAACAAACUAAUGUGUCUGAACUGACACGGUGUAGGAAAUGAGGGAUUAGAGGUAAUGCAUAAGGACAAUAAACAUAGCAGUGUUUGUAUGAGCUUGUCAAUGUUAGAAUCUCUUUGUAAAGCUGCUCUGGUAAAAUUUGUUGGAAAUCUGCUGGACUCGUUUACAGCUUGACAGAUUUAUUACAAGAGUAAGCUAAUGAUAAUAUACAACUUUAUUCUCUUUUUUACUUUCUAAAUGGAAAAAGGUUUUCCCACUAUUAUCAUAAAGCAUAUUAUUAUUGUUAUUAUUAUUUUGAUACUGAGAAAACAUGUUGGUUGCUGUAUGAAGAUUGUACAAAAACAUUUCCUAGAUUUUCAGCCAUGAUUGUGCUGUGGCACCACUCUUCUUAACUUUCUCUGUAGUGCCAAUAUCAGGUGAAAAAAUAUUUUUGACCGCUAUUUAAGGAGGACCUAUUGUGCUCGUCCUUAUUUCUUGUCAUAUCUGUACUCUUACAGUGAUAGAUGCUUAUAUUAAAGAUGGCUAAAAAUUUUAAAUAUUGAGGUCUGAGCCAAAAGUUCAGGCUUCCUACAAACAACUGUUUUUUUGUUUGGUUUUUGGUUAUGGUUUUUUAUACUUUUGGCACAGCUUCAGCCAUGAGCACAGAAACUUUGUCUUGAGAGGGGCAGCCAAUCUGAAGAAAGAGGGAAGGGAGCUAAAAUGUCCUGUUUAAGGUGGUCAGUGAACUGAGGGGCCAGUAUAAGAUAAAUGUGUGAAUCAUACUCUAAUGGAGUCCAAUAAUAAAAGUAUUUAACUGGAAAUGAGCAUAAUCACUUAAUGAUAAAAUACCUGCAAAGCUGACAUUUCCAUCAGCAUGUGAAUAAUGAUAGCCUUCUGUGAGUGUGUUAGCAUUCAGAUGUUCACAUUUAUCUUAAGGCGCUUAGCUGCUAGCAUGGCUAAAUGCCAGUUUCUGUAAGUAGUAACGAACUUGCUUUGCACACAGAGUGGACCGUGGGCAUUACAGUGACAGUAUCACAGCAUCUGAAAUCUGAGUGAUCAUAAAUCCACACAAAUGCUAACAAAAUGCAACAAAUGAUGAGACUGUAACAAAUUAGAAACUAAUGUGAUGAUUUUACAUUAAAGAUACACGGACCUUAACCUGCUUUGUGUAAGCAUCUGAGCAAGCAUCCCGUGUACUGUAAGAACUCAAAUGUGCCUAUUUUAAUUGUGCCCAAACUUUUCUAUGUCUUGACAUUUCUAAAAGUGAUUUUACUUAUUUUGAUGUCCACAUCCCAAACGUUGCAGUAAGACUGUAUGCAUUGUGUCAUUUUACAUGUUGCAUUAAUUUGUUAUAUCA